CGAUUUUUUGCAGUAGAGAACCUCUGAUGAACACCACAUUACCAGACGCACCUUGGAUAUGUCAGGAAAGACUGUGGUAUUACGCUUGAGCAACAUGUUUGCCAGAUGGGGUUGUCCUGAUACCCUAAUUACUGACAAUGGUCCACAAUUCGUUGGUCAACAGUUUCAGGAUUUCACAACAGCUUACAAGUUUCACCACAUCACCACGAGUCCGCACUUUCCACAGUCAAAUGGUGAGGCUGAAAGAGCAGUGAGAACCGCAAAGCACAUUCUCAGGCAGGAAGAUCCUUUUCUAGCUCUUCUAGCUUACAGAGUUACUCCCAUACAAGUCACAGGAUACAGCCCUGCGCAAUUGAUGCUUGGGCGUCAGUUGAGAACACCGGUUCCUGUGCUGGAAAAGAAACUGAAGCCUAAGUGGCCUGAUUUUUCAAGGGUGAAAGAAACUGACAAGAUGGCGAAAGCUAAUUACAAGCUUUAUUAUGACAGACGUCAUGGUGUUCGACCGUUGCCUGAACUCAAACCUGGAGAUCCUGUUACAGUCAAAACGGAUAAUGAGAAAGGCUGGAACAAGACUGCUACGGUUGUAGGUAAACACACGACGCCAAGAUCGUACAUAAUUCGCACAGAGAAUGGAGACUUGAGAAGAAACAGAAAGCAUCUACGAGUUUUCAAUCCGUCUGCAUGCCAACGUGAUUCAAAUGAAGAGAAAAGUGUGGAUGAGCAAUUGGCGCAAGCUGAACAGUGUCCAAGUGAUCAAGAUCAGAACGCAGGACAAGAAAUUCCAGAACAGCCUAAAAAGGUUGUUACGCGUAAAGGAAGAGUUGUUAAACAGCCUGGACACUUGAAAGAUUUCAUAGUUAGUACAUAGAUUGCCAUGUGAGGCAGAAUAAUCCUCGGCUUCUAUGUGGGUGACCGGUAGUCUACCCGGAAUCCCUAGAUAGUCUUUUGUGAUUCAAAAGAAGAUCUAAGUUCUAAACAAUUGUUGAAUAAGAUGUUUAAAAUCAUAAGAAAGAAGACACUGAAAGAUGUUUGUUUAUCUUAUUGGUGUGUUAUUGUUGUGACAUUCUCACAUGUUAUGUUAUUACAGAAUAAUAUUUGAAAAGGGAAGAUGUAGUGAUAGCAUGAGGAUCUGUUAGGCUAUAUACGGUAAUCAAUACAGCAACGUAUACCCGUUUCUGGCAAGCGUAGUUAAUAGGAGAUAUACGGUAUGUGGUCAACACAUUGCAGUUCAUGGUGCCAGAAGUGGCAGUUGUUGUUAAUAAAGAACUAAGAAGAGAGCAACGCUUCCA